GUCGCGGUGGGGUGUCUUGGAAUGGUAUGUGAAGUGGAGAUGGUGAUACUGAGGGUUGGCCGUGUUGGCGUGGAUGUCGUGGUAUUGGGGGAGGGAGGUAGGAGAGAGUGGGUGUGGCUUCUUCCGGGAAGUAGGGGGCGGAAUGGAGAGUGGAAUGUCUACGAGAGGGGGUUGUGCUGACUUUUCAGUCUUUGGUAUUGUUCUGUUGUUUGGAUACUUUGAAGUGCUCUUCUGGUUCAGUGUUUGUUUUUGGGGUGCUGGAGGUGGUGGAUACUAGGACUUGUUCUUCAAAUUUUGCGUUGUGUUUCCAUUGUGGGAGUUUGAGGUGGAGAUAUUGGUCUGUUUGCCGUUGGGAGAGACGUAUCAGAGUCGGG